CUUCGUCGUAGAUAGGUUCCUCUAGGGAUAACCUUUGUAAUAUUAAUAUGAGGUUCCUCUAAAGUAACCUUUAUGAAUGAAUAAUAUAUGUUUCGCGGAUGAGCGUCGCGAAAACAUAAGAGUAGGAAGGGUAGGCAACCCUGAAGUUACACCGCCAAAACGUGCAGGACCAUUCUCCGUACACUGCACUCGACCACCGAGAGGCUGCAAUACCAAGAGUCCAACGGAGCCAAGAACCUAGCAGACCUCGCCCAACGUGCCAAUACUGUGGGGCCCCAGGCCGCUAUGCAACCGAGUGCCGUAGGAAAGAGUUUGACAGCAGGAACCGCACCAACAACAAGAACCAGGGAAACGACCCAGUUCCGCGGUUGAAUCAGGGUGCAGCCCGCGUGAACGAAAUCGUCGCAACGCACCCAACCAACACAUCUCAAGCGGACAUAGAAGAUAAAGAAUUGCCCGAGUACAGUUAAAUAGGACUGAUUGGAUACCUUCCGUAACACUACCUGUAAAGGAAGUACAAAAUAACACGGUGGUAAUGGUCGAUACGGGCUCAGAAGUAAACCUGUUAAAGAAUGAAGUCUUGAAGAACCACGUCCGGAUUAAUUCCCACCAUCGAAUUCAGCUUCGUGGAAUAGGCAGCGACUUCGUGACCACAAUUGGAUCCAUUGAUGUAAACCUCUUCCGUCAAAAAGUUAUCUUCCAUGUGGUCCCUAACGACUUUCCCAUUCUACAAGAAGGAAUACUGGGAAGUGAAUUCUUUAACGAAAAUGAAGCCUCAAUUAAUUACCCUGAGGAAUAAGUCGAAUUCAAAGGUGUCAGAAUGCCAUUCAGUUCAAAAAAGAAAAAGUGGCGCUCACCUCUUAUUCAAUUCGUCAAAGGAAGCGAGAAUCAUCCACCAGUUCGCAGGACCAAAGAUGACGACAUAGAAGUUGAUUUAUCCGUGUUCUCCAAAUGGACCAUGGAACCCGAGGCAGAAACCAUCUCAGAAGAUUGUUCGGCCACAAGCAUACACGUGGACCCAACACCGGAAUUGACACCUGAAAAAGAAAUUACUUCUGAAAAUCUGUCGGAUUCAGUUGGAAAAAUCAGCAUCGUAAAAGCUGACUCACUUAAAGAAAACAUCCUAGAACCCGAUAAUACCGUAGAAUCUGCACCAGCAGCAGCACCUGAAAAAGAAAAAACGGAAACAAAAAUUAACGUCAAGGAUACACAAAGAGCUAAGAUACUCAGAAUAAUGAAAUCCAUGGGUUACAAGACAGGACAAGGGCUCGGAAAACGAAAUCAAGGAUGGGCAAAUCCCGUCUCUGUCAUCAGUAACUACAAACGCAGAGGACUCGGAUACCAUAAGUACCUUGUAAAAUGACACGGAGCAGCGAGAAACACCAUUGGUCAUCGUUACCACCGGACGCGCAUUAAACAAACCAUUAGCGCGGCGAAACGGACCAGCGGACACCGGUAUCAUCGAACGCGCAUCAAAGCGGACUCGAUGCACCUAAAUAAGACGACUCACCAUCACCAUAUCCAGCUGCAACGACCAGUGUGGGACGAGGGCACGUCAGCCACAUUAUCCAGUUCGCGAUGUGCAUCGCCACCAACAGGGGAAUCGCCAUCAUGCAGCAGUCCAUGCAGCUAUGUUGAGUGACCAUGGCCCAGAAAAUCACUGCGGGAUAUUUGCUGUAUACCGUAUAGAGAGUCUAGGACGCCCACUAUGACGAGGAGAAGGGAGGAUUACCCCUUAGUGGAGCUAUUGGAG